GAAAGGAAGAGGGAGGGAGGGAUCGAGGGAGUGGUGACAGCAAUAUAAAACACAUGUCCAACUCUUUACUCCUUCACUCUCCUACUUUUUCACUCUCGUUCAUCCUCUGCAACUCUUUCCACAUCCGGUCACCAUGUCUGACAUCCAGCAAGCCAUGGUGAUGCUCAUCACAGCCUUCCACAAGUACUCUGGGAAGGAGGGGGACCCGCUGACCCUCACCAAGAACGAGCUGAAGAACCUGCUCCAGGCCGAGCUGGGAGAAAUUUUGGGGCAGACAGCCAAAGACCAGUCAGCUGUGGACAAGAUUUUCAAAGAGCUGGACAGAGACGGAGACAACACUGUCGACUUCAAGGAGUACAUCCAUUUGGUGUGUUCUCUCACUAUGCUCUGCAACGAGUUCUUCAUCAAGAAGAAGUGAAGCAUCCUCUUGUGACUGUCCCCAGUCCUGUCCCCGUAUUUGUACACACUUUCACAUAGUUUCACUGAGAUUCAUCAAUACAAAUAAAUAGAUGUACUGAAGACAAGCUCAUCCUUGAUAAUGCAUGUAUAAAUAAAUGCGAUGAUUUGUUAUGAUGAAAAUAAAGAGAUACGAUAAACCAUU